GCCCGCCUUCCCCGCGCCAUGGCGGGCGCUGAUGGCACGACGUGGCCGAGGGUUUCAGCCCUUGUCGUUGCUGUCGCCGUCGCCGUCGCCUCCGCUUCCAUAGCCGCCUCCUUCCUCUCCACUUCCAUUUCCCGGAGGAAAUCGAAGCGUAUGGCCUCCAAAAUCCGUGAUCUCGAGGCCUCUCUUGAGGCUGCCCUGGAGAAGUGCGCUUCAGAGCGCCGUGGCAGGGUUAAUGCUCAGCAGGCUUUGAGGAAGGCUUUGGCGCAGCAGAGCUCUGAUGAGAUGAGGCCGAGGCCGGGGCAGCCUCUGCCUUCUUUGUGUUACCCGAUGGUCCCCAUUGGCACGGUCCGAUCCUGCUUCUCCACCAGAUAUGGCACACCAAGACAACCUUUACUUGUACCCCUUGCUAGAGCAUGCGUGGUAUUUGACCAAGUUCGAGUUCCUCCAGAUGCGCUUGAAGGCCUUGCUAACUAUUCUCAUUGUUGGAUAUUGUAUGUGUUUCAUUUAAAUACUAAUCUGGACAAGUUGUGGGAGCAUCCAGCUAGGUCAAAGAUGAAGGCAAAGGUGAGAGUUCCUAGACUCAAGGGUGGAAAGAUGGGAGUACUUGCCACAAGGUCUCCACAUCGGCCUUGCCCCAUUGGUCUUACUGUUGCAAAGGUAGAAGCAGUGGAUGGUCGUGCGGUUAUGCUAUCAGGAGUAGAUUUAGUUGAUGGCACGCCAGUACUUGAUGUCAAACCUUAUCUGCCAUAUUCUGAUUGCAUCCAAGAUGCUACUAUCCCUGAUUGGGUGAAGGUGGAUGAUACAUUAACUGUGGCUUCAGUUAGCUUCUCAGCUGACUUUCUGUCAUCUCUAUCUGAUUGCUGGAUGGCUGCUGAGAGACAAUCCAUGUAUUCAUCGGCUGAGGAAUUUCAAUGCUUGAUCAAAGAGGUCCUCUCUUGGGACAUAAGGUCGUCGUCCCAACAGAGCCAACUGCACCAUCAGGGCCUUGAAGUAGAGAGCUAUGUUAAAAGUGAUACCGUAGAGAAUGGUGGUGGUAGUGAUUUGUAUGAACCAGCUGAUGAUACAGUAACAUAUCACCUAGUUUUGGAAGGAAUAUGUGUUUCCUACAAAAUUGAUUGUUAUUCCAAUGUCAUAGUAGAGAGAGCUGACCUUGUCACUACUUCAAAAAAUCCAAGCAACUAUCAACUCAACCACUCAAAUUGGAGGGCCAUGAUGGCGCAUUUGCACCAAUAGUGCUUAAUUUGAUGCUUGUGCAUCUGGAAAAGGUGAAGGGCUCAAAAGAGGAAAAAUUGCUUUUCCUCAAAAAAUGAUGCCACCAUUACAAGCUCCCUUAAAAAUUCGAAGUGUGUUGAGGACAAAAAAAAAAAGCUUGUUAUAUGAACAUGACAUCUAAUGUACUCC